AUGACCGUCACAGAAGCUGCCCAGGCUACCAAUGAAGCCUUUGUACUGCAUCCCGGAGGCACAUUUGCUUUCGAGGAACGCAGCGUACCCACAAUCCAGUCAGACCGAGAUGUCAUAGUCCGAGUCAUGGCAACAGGUCUCUGUGGUUCAGAUGUCCACUACUGGCAACAUGGCCGAAUCGGGCCAUACGUCGUUGAAGGCCCCAUAAUCCUAGGCCACGAGUCAACAGGAAUCGUGGUAGAGACCGGAAGCGGUGCUCAAGGCUUCUCCGUUGGAGAUCGAGUCGCUCUCGAGCCCGGCAUAGCCUGCAACACCUGCAAUCACUGUCGCAACGGCCGCUACAACCUCUGCCGGGGAAUGCGCUUCGCCGCGACACCUCCAUACGACGGAACCCUCGCUACCUACUACCGCGUGCCUGCAGAAUGCUGCUUCAAACUCCCAUCUCACAUCUCCAUGCGCGACGGCACCCUGAUCGAGCCUCUUAGCGUAGCCGUGCACAGCUGUCAAUUGGCAGGCUUUAUGCAGGAUAAAUCAGUGGUUAUAUUCGGAGCUGGCCCUGUCGGGUUGCUCUGCUGUGCUGUUGCGCGUGCCUUCGGCGCGUCAACGGUUAUAGUCGUGGACGUUGUCCCGGCUCGCCUCGCUUCCGCGAUGAAAUAUGGCGCUACGCACACAUACCAAAUGAGCAUGGAGGCGGCGGACAAGAAUGCCGCGGAUUUGCUGGCAACUGCCGGCUUGCAUGAUGGUGUUGAUGUUGCUCUGGAUGCGACUGGCGCUGAGCCUUGUCUGAACUGUGGUAUUAUUGCCCUCACACAGGGCGGAACGUUCGUUCAAGUCGGCUUGGGAAAACCCAACCCAUCAGUUCCGGUUGGUCUGAUCUGUGACAAAGAGAUUGUUUUCAAGGGAAGCUUCCGGUACGGGCCUGGCGACUUUAAGUUGGCCGUUGGAUUGCUCAACUCGCGCCGAGUCAAUCUGGAUGGUCUCGUCACUAAUGAAUACGCAUUCGGCCAGGCUGAGGACGCUUUCAAAAAUGUCGCCGGUCGGGGUGGAAUUAAGAGUGUGAUCUAUGGCCCGAAUGUCGACCAGGAAGAGGCGAAAGCAACGGCAUAG